AUGACAAAGCUCCAAGUGACACUGUCGCCCGUCCCUCCAUCGCCCGCUCAACCCAUCAGCCUCCCCAUCAAAGUCGCCAUCCACAAUCCGGCAAAUACACCAGUGACUUUCCUUACCUGGGGGACCCCGUUCGAUCCCAGAGCCAACCUUCUGGGCGUCUUCUCGAUCAACAACACCAGCAACAAUAACCCCAUCACACUGGACACCAUCAAAAUCAACCGCCAGCUACCUCCCUCCCGGGAUGACCUGGUCGAGAUCCCGGCAGAGAGCUCAAAGGAGCAAACCGUGGCUAUUCCCUGGGCUCCUCUGGAAGAAGGUUAUGAGUACGCAGUUCAAGCAAAGGGCAUCUGGCAUGGGAUCUGGGCGUGUACGCGGGACCAAGUGACAGACUCGCAGCUAGAGAGCCUGGGUGAGGGAGAGGCGAGGGGGAAGUUUGAGUCUCAGCGGGCCGUCUUCAAGGUUACUCGGUAG